AUGACACAACGCCCGCCUCUGUCUCCCUCAUAAAAUCUCUCUCUUGUCUUCUCCAAUUCCAAAGCCAAAAACCCUUCUCUCUCUCCCUCUCUCUCUAUACCGACACGCGCGCGCGGAAGAUGUUUCAACUAUUAUUCGCCGCGAUUUUGGGGGAAAUGGCGGUGAUUCUGAUCCUGCUCUUCAAGACGCCUCUCAGAAAGCUCGUGCUCAUGGGCUUGGACCGCCUCAAGAGAGGCACCGGCCCUCUCGUCGUCAAGACCAUCGCCGGCGUCAUCUUCGUUAUCAUGUCCAUCACUGCUUACACCGUCACCGAAAUCCAGAACCGUCCAAUUGAUUCCCGUAAUCCGACGGACCAGAUUCUGCUCGCCAGGCACAUGCUCGAGGCCACUCUAAUGGGGUUCUUGCUAUUUCUCUUGCUGAUGAUUGAUAGACUGCACCACUACAUCAGAGAACUCCGUUUGCUCAGGAAGACUACAGAGGCUGCUAAGAAGCAAAACCGAGGCACUGAUGAUGGAAAAAGCGCCUUUACAGAGGAGAUCUCUAAGCUCAGAGCGAAGAUCAAGCAUCUGGAAUUCGAACGGGAGGAGAAAUCAAAAAGGGUGAAGGCUGCAGAAGCCGAUGUAGAGACUCUAAAAGGUCAGUCCCAGGGAUUUCAACUGAAGCACGACCAGAUGCUGGAGGAGAACCGAAACCUCCAAGAUCUGCUGCGGUCAACUGAGCGAAGCUUGUCUCAUUCUGAUGGCAAGAAGAACACUUGAAGGGAACAAGAGCUUGCUAUAUGUUUUUGGUUAAAAUGAUAGGUACCGGAAGUGGAAGAUAUGGUUCAUGUAAAGUAAAUUGUCAGCUAUCUGAAAGGGUCUUUCGGCUAUUAUAUGUGCUGGCCAUGUUUGGGAUGGUAGAGCCCCUAGAACAUGUCAAGAUUUUAUUACAUGGGUCGCAAGUAUUUAUGUUAUUUGACGGAAGAGUUCUGUGCCAGCUGUUGACUGUCUAAAAUAAUCUUUCUCCAUUGUUCAUGUAUUAUUCAGUGGGAGAUUUGAGGACAACAAAGGGUGGGCUUUACUUGGUCUUGCCGUUUUUAAGAUCAAUUUUUGAUAUGGAAGGCCACCAUUUGUGAAUC